CCUUAUUUCUUCUACUCUUUUGUUUGUUUUCUUUUUCUUCAGUGACUAACGAUAAUAGAAAGAUCGUAGGUACUUGCUUUAGUUAUUGUUCGAGCUGAUUAAUAAGUGAUUUAAUCGCUUUAUGAGAGAAAGAAGAAGCUCGAGGUGAGAUGGAACAAGGGGAGGUUUCUAUUCGAUUUUAAAAGAUGAACCGGUGAACGUAGAGAAUGCGUUCGAUCGGAGAAGACGAAGGCGCGAGCGGAGGACAACGUGGGGGUACCUGUUGGUAGCAAAGUGGUGGUCGCUCGUCGACGGGUCGACUAGUUCGGCUCCGUCGGUAAGGUCCGCUUCAAGUAAAGGUCACGACGUCUCGCGCGGAGGGUACGUGUUUGGUGGGUGACGAGGAGCGGCUACUGGCCGAUGGGAUGCAUCUACCGGUGGGUUCCGUGGGCUGCGGGGAGAAUUACGGCACCGUCGGAUCUCAGGAAGGCGCCGGCCCGUGCGGUCCCUCCCUGGCACCCCUCCAAGGGGUCAACACCAGGUACCACCAGGGUGAAGACGGCGAAAACGGCGGUGGUGCCGGCGAAAUGAGCGAAGGUGCCGCCGUCGGCGAACUCUGGUGGACCGAGAGACUCGUCGGUGAGGCACAGGCUGAGCAUCCCGGCGAACUCGUUAGAACAGGUUCGCCGUAUUUCCUCUGCAGUCAAUUGCCAACUCAUUGGAGAUCCAACAAGACCCUACCAGUAGCUUUUAAAGUUGUAGCCCUCGGCGAGGUCGGCGAUGGAACCCUCGUUACUGUUCGCGCUGGUAACGAUGAAAACUGUUGCGCGGAACUACGUAACUCGACUGCGCUUAUGAAGAAUCAAGUCGCGAAAUUCAAUGAUCUUAGGUUCGUCGGUAGAAGUGGAAGAGGAAAGAGCUUUAGCAUCACGAUAACCGUUUCGACCAGUCCACCUCAGGUAGCAACCUAUACCAGAGCGAUCAAGGUGACCGUCGAUGGACCGAGAGAGCCACGUUCGAAAACGAGACAACAACAUCAACAAUUUCGAGCUCUUGGUUUGGGUCAGAGACCAUUCUUGGAUGCCCCAAGCUCGUUCACCUCCCACCUACGAGAACUGGAGUCGUACAGGAGGAAUAAGCAUCACCAUCAUCACAGCAGUCACUUACACGGACAGCAGACUGGCAGCAACGUCACCGCGAAUUCGGUUAGCGGUGCCUGUUCCAACCCCAACAACACCGACCCAACCGCAUCGCCCGCUUCCAGUACACACCUCGGAGCUACCGGAGGAGGUUCCUCUAGUACUGCUCAUCAGGAUUGCUACAAGCAUAGUCCUCAACACGGUGAUACAAGUACGAGCACCACCGAAUGGUCUUAUCCAUCGACAGCUCCUUCUUAUCCAGCUCCACCAGUUAGUAGCGGUGGAUCUUACUCUCCUAUUCCAGGUGGUGCAUUCUCUUAUCCCGGUGAAUCCUUAUCUCAUCAUCCAACAACGGAACCUGUACCACUACCAACUGUUUUACCAUCCGAGAGUCAACAAGACACCUACACUCCAAACUGCGUUUCCAUGUAUUCUGGUCACGGAACUUCGUCGACAUCGUUGCCUCUGAUACCUGGAAAACCCAAUGACCCCGAUAUCUUCGCAGGUGGUGGAACAGGAAGCGCUAGUCCAGGAUACCAUUACGGUUCCUGGACACCUGGACCAGCUACACCAGUACCGGUCGCGUCACACAAUUACAAUCCUAAUUAUCAAGGAUAUUACAACAAUCCGAGUCAAAAUUACAUAAGUCCAGCUCCGAUGGUACUUUAUCCGCAGCUCUACAGUACGGUCAAUCAAAAUCAGAUUCAUCUGCAUCUUCACGGUGAUCUCAGCGACGAACAGGUCACUAUUGCUGGUGGAAACUUAACGAUCAGUAGCAAUCGCUUGGAGAUUGGAGUUUUAGGUGAGGAGAGCGAACAAAGGAACGACGUUUGGAGACCUUAUUGAAGGAUUUAAGGAUUUAACAAGAUAUUGAGACAGUAAAUAACAACUUGUUACGUGCGUUAAUCAUUAAUAGUGGAGAAUGUUUACGUGAAGCUCCGAGAAAAUUGACGAUGGUUGAAAUUGACGUGUUUUUAGGAUAUUUUCUAUUCGCGAGAAAUCUUUUAAAGGAUCAACGUAAGUGCGUACGGACUCGUAAAUUUAUUCUAAGGAAAGGCUGUUAAUGAACGAGUGCUAAAGGAAAAAGAUACGUCGAAGAAUUUAUUCGUUUUCUUGUAUAGUGCGAGAUGUCGCAAAAAAAGGCAAAAAGAAAAAAAAAGGAAAUAAAAAAUUAUCUUAGACUAUCGUAAGGCAAUCUUGGAUCUGGUGUUGUUUUAAAGAAGACUGAGUACUCAGGAUAUCAGAUAUCAAGUAUUCUCAAGUUAAACGUGCUUUCUUUUCGAUCUUAUCGAAAGAAGGGAUAGGAUGAGUAAGUUUGUUCGAUGGGAAAAAAAGAGAAAAAAAAGAAGAAGAAGAAAAGAGAAAAAAGGGGUAAGGCUUUUGGUAGUAUGCGCAUUGUGUUUUCAGCGAUACCGUUCGUUCUCUCUUCGAUCGUAAAUUUGAAACGUCAGAGAACAGUCAAUGUAUGUAAGUAAGUACUCUAUCGAACGAGAAGAAGGUAGUCAGAUAAUGUAACGUUGUAAAUAUACAGAUAUUUUCCAUGAAAUAAUAAAUACGUACCUGGAGAGUUCCUACGUCCCUAUUCGUGAUAACUUGU